GGGGUGUGUGUGUGUGCGUGUGUUUAUUAGACAACCGGAGCGUGUGUGUGUUUGUGCCCUUGAGGACUGAUUCCUCCCCAGGAUGCAUCAGCUGCUCGUGUUGACCUCAGUGCUGGUGGCACUCUGCUCUUUAGGGAGUGUGGAUACUUCCGCCUAUGACAAGAUAGUCACCCACAGUCGCAUACGGGCCAGGAAAGAAGGACCCAAUGUGUGCGCCCUGCAACAGGUCCAGGGGACUAAAAAGAAGUACUUCAGCACAUGUAGGAACUGGUACAAAGGCUCCAUCUGUGGCAAAAAGACCCUGGUCCUAUAUGAAUGCUGUCCUGGGUACAUCAAGCUGGAGGGUAUGAGAGGAUGCCCUGCAGUGGCUCCCAUUGACCAUGUCUAUGGUACGCUUGGGCUCGUAAAGGCUACGACCACACAGCAAUACUCUGACAUGUCCAAGCUGAGAGAGGAAAUCGAAGGCAAAGGCUCCUUUACCAUGUUUGCACCGAGCAAUGACGCCUGGGAUCUGGUGGAACCUGCUGUACGGGCUGCACUGGUGAGCAAUGUGAACAUCGAGCUGUACAACGCUCUUCACUUCCACAUGGUGAACGGCCGGAUUUUGACCAAAGACAUGAAGAAUGACAUGACUGUCACUUCUAUGUACAAUGACCUGGGGCUCUACAUCAACCAUUACUCAAAUGGGAUUGUGACAGUGAACUGUGCCAGGAUCACCCAUGGUAAUCAGAUAGCCACAAACGGCGUGGUGCAUGUCAUUGAUCGGGUCAUCAGUGGUGUGGCCAACAACAUCAAGGAAGUCCUGGAUGUCACCGAUGAGCUCUCCGCCUUCAGAGAUGCAGUAUUGGCUUCUGGUAUGAUGGACAAGCUGGACCAGCCUGGCCACUAUACUCUGUUUGCUCCCACUGAUGAAGCCUUUGAAAAAUUGAGCCCAGCCUACCGAGAGCGUAUCAUGGGAGACGAGGCGGUUAUUUCAGCCCUGGUGAACUACCACCUGUUGAAAAGCGUCCAGUGUUCAGAAGGAAUCAUGUCAGGGUCGGUGCAUGAGACUGCAGAGGGCAGCACCAUAGAGAUCGGCUGUGAUGGCGACAGUUUGACAGUCAAUGGAAUCAAGAUGGUGCUGAAGAAGGACAUUGUCACCAGCAAUGGCGUCAUCCACUACAUUGACCAGGUGCUCAUCCCUGACUCAGCCAAGGAAGGGAUUGAGCUGAUGGGAGACUCCCAGAGCACUUUUAAGGACAUGGUGAAUGAAUUGGGCUUAGCGUCUGCCAUGGGUCCGAAGACAGAGUAUACACUCCUUGCUCCUGUCAACGCCGCCUUCACCAAUGAGGUGCUGUCAACAGAGCAGAGACUGCUGAGAUUUAUUUUGGAAAACCACAUAUUGAAGCUGAAAGUUACACUGAGUGAACUCUACAAUGGACAGCUGCUGGAAACAGUGGCUGGCAAACUGCUCAGAGUCUUCAUUUACCGCACUGCUGUGUGCAUAGAAAACGCAUGUAUGCUGCGUGGCAGUAAAGAGGGAAGCAAAAGUGCCCUCCAUGUUAUGAAGUCUCUCAUCAAACCAGCCGAGAAAACAAUCUACGAGCUCCUGAUUGCUGAUAGACGGUUUAAGAUUUUUCUGUCGCUGAUGGAGACAGCAGGUCUGACUGAUCUGCUGAAGCAGGAAGGCUCCUACACCAUCUUUGCACCAACUGACGAUGCCUUUGCUAAUCUCAGUAGAGAGGACCUUGCUCUGCUCAAGAGUGAUCUGAAUGCUCUGAGGGUCAUUCUGCUGUACCACUUCAGUAAUGGCAUCUUCAUCAAUGGAGGAUUAGAGGGAGGAGUUACUAAUCUGCUCAAAACCCUCCAGGGCAAUAACCUGCAAGUUCUGUCUGUAAACAACUCUAUUCAAGUCAAUUCUGUGGAUGUGCCAGACAGUGACCUGAUGGCAACAAAUGGUGUAAUCCAUGUGGUGAAGAAUGUUCUCUAUCCUGCAGAUCUUCCCGUGGGCCGCCAGGACCUCCUGGUCCUCCUGAAGAAGCUGAUUAAGUAUAUCCAAAUAAAGUUUGUUUCUGGAUUUUCAUAUGAGGAGAUCCCACUCACGUUCAUCAGGAGGAUCAUCACAACUACACAUGUUGAAAAAGUCCCUGAUGUAACAAAGGUGACCAGAGUCAUUCAGGGAGAGCCCUCCAUCACCAAGGUGACCAGAGUCAUUCAGGGAGAGCCCUCCAUCACCAAGGUGACCAGAGUCAUUCAGGGAGAGCCCUCCAUCACCAAGGUGACCAGAGUCAUUGAAGGACAGCCUACCUUCACCAAGGUUACAAGAGUCAUCGAGACAGAACCAAUAAUCACUAAGGUGGUCAUCGAGGGGGAGCCAUCCAUCACCAGGGUGACCAGAGUCAUUGAGGGAGAGCCUUCCUUUACACAAGUAACCAGAGUCAUUGAAGGAAAACCCAGCAUUACCAAGGUUACAAGAGUUAUCGAAGGCGGAGAUCUUGAUGCAGAUGGGAAAAUGAUUGCAGGUGGAGCCAGAUACGCCACGGCGAAUGAGCCUGUUAUCAUUGAGGGCCCGGACUUCUCUAAGAUCACCACAAUCCACAGCAACCCAAAUCUGAUCCAUGAGGAAUCGGAGAGAAUUACCAAACUCAUUCAAGACGGAGGUGGAUUCGCUGCUGCCAGGAAAGCUCCAGCUGGAAUGAGAAGGAGGAGAACAAAGCUGGUUAGGCGUCACCACAAGCCAAGCGAGUGAAUCCAACAGAGAGAAAACACCUUCGGGAUCACCGCAGAGACUGUAUGCAUCUCCAGUGCUCCUGGUUGAGUGCUUGAAAAACUGUGGACCAAUAGGGAGCGAUCUAAUCAAUCUAGCUAUGUCUUUGCUCAGACCACCAGUAAGAAUGAUUGUUUACUAUUCCAUCUGGACCAUACUGUUUGUGAUAGGCAUGUUAGGAAUCAGAAUACCUUGUAAGUCAUGUAAGUAUGCAACGGAAUUAUGGACUGUUGCCGUGGGGUAGAUGGUGUGUAAGAGAAGAUAUAUUCUACCAUUGAGAGAUUGUGUUUAAAAGUUUAGUUUUAAUCAUGUCACUUUGUUAACGGAUGGCUUGGGAAGAUUUUUGUAUGUUUUUUUAUGGUUCUUGAAUUCAGUACAAUGAAUGCAUUUUAAUGAAUAUGACAAAUGAAACAGAGUUACCAUUAGAUGCUGUUUUGAACCUCUGUAAAUUAUCACAUGGUGAUUAGAAAAAUACAAUUACAUUUUAUACAGUUUUCAGAAAUUCUUUCAAGCUUCCAUGUCUGUUUUUACUCAACAAAAUCAUGUUUCAUGCUGUUGAAUGUGAUCCUGAACUCAGUAUGUCCCUGUACAACCAGGCUCAGGCUGUUCUCAUACACUGUUCUUAGCUGUACCUACGGAAAGUAAUUUACUAUAAUUGUUUCAUAGCCCACAUAAUCAAUUUGCAUGUAGUCCGCGUAAGUAUGAGCUAGGACAGGUGACAUAGUAUAAAGAGCCGUGGUAUAGGGAGGAGGUCUGGGGAAGAUGGGAGGGUCUAAAAACAAAAUUUAACUUUCACCAAGGAGACCGUUGUUGGUGUCCAGUGUGAAACUCAGAAGUCAACGUUGACUUAUCUGUCAAAUAACUUUUGCACUAAAGUUACUCCACUUCUGUAGUUAUUUUAACCCAAACCACAGCCUUUCCCUUAACCUAACCAAUACGUUUUUAUGUCUAAACUUAUCCAAGUAUUUCAAAAGUGCUUAUCAGAACCCAAACCAAGAUCUUUUCCUGAACUUAACCAUGUAGUUUUGUUGCCUAUGAGCUGCACUGAUGGCUCAAGCUGCUGGAUAUUUGUAGGGAAAUGCACAAAAAAACAAGAAAUAACCUGAAUAUAUCAUACAAACCAUCAAAUGAGGAUAUGUUGACAUGCUUCACAAUCAUAUUUUAGUUUUUUCCUCAAGGAGAAAGUGCUAAAUAAAAUGAGCAUAUUGACUUCAGAAUACCAAUAUGUGUUCCAUUAAUCUUAUCUUUCAAUUGUUAUUGCUAAAAGUGCUAUGGAACCAAACUAAGUCAAAACCUAUGCAUCAUAAAAAAAUGUAAUAUAGAACAACAUCAGUGCCUAACAGUGAGAUAUUAGUUUAUCUCAAAUCUGCAUUAUCUCAUUUAAUUUACCAACACAAAAGUAGAAGAGGAUGAAGCUUCAAUGUCCCACCAUCAACCACAUGUUGACAUAACCCCUACCUUCUAUAUCCAUAUGGAACUUAACCAAAGCUCAGUAAACAACAUAAAAAUGUUCUGUAUAUUUUGUGAACAAAUUUCUAAGAUGGUGAGGUUUAUAUAGUUCUCUGACUUGAUUUUUUAGUUUACCAAAUUUGUUUAAGUCGUAAGUUCAAAAUUUAUAUCACAUUAUUUUUCUCUUACAUUACAUCAAUCUGUCACUUUUCUGCAAACCACAGAUACAUUGAAUUUUGAUAGACUGUUUCUGAACCAAAACUAAUUUUUGUGUAUCAAUUGUAUCAUGUUUUAACCGCUCGUGGGGCUUUUGCCUUUUCAAAACUGGAUUCUCAAAACCUUUAGUUUCACCUUGGAUAUGAACACAGGUCUCCUGGGUAAGGACUUGCAUUUUAUUCAUCCAUCCAUCCAAACCAGCUUAUUUCCCAUGUGGACUUUGAUUAAACAUAUUUGUGAUACAUCAAAUACAAACCAUAAUGCGGAAAAAAAAGAUUCUCCCAAAAUUUAAAUGACAAUGCAGUUUUUUUGUAUAGGAACAUGAUCUUUCGGAGACUAUAGACUUUACAGAAACAUAGCUUCCAGAAUAUCAACAUGAAUGAACAACUUGCGGGUGUGUCGAGCAGACAGGCCUACACUUGCAAAUCUGUCAUCUGUCAUGCUUUAGAACACUUACCUUGAUCAUCUACCAAAUGAAACUUAUAAACUUCACCCGAAAAAAAUGUGUUCAAAGGAUUUCCAAAAAAGCUAUUUCAUACAGAUUUGUCUUUUUCAUCUCCUGAACAAAAUGUAUCUGCAUGGUGAAAAAAAUGUCAUAAACAUUGUAUACAACAACAGGCCAGAUUUGAAUAA